GUACGAACUCUCGUUACUGAUUCAUGAAGAAAACACCGUCGCACCUUACGAUUUGUCCUCCAAAGCGGGAUACUCUACGUCUUUCUGACGUCACAGACUAAUGUAAACAGAUCAAAGUUCGCAACGCUUCAUCGGCAGAAACAUCAUCGCUCAUGUUUCAUAUUUUUCCAGGCACGUGGGAGAUUGAGAACAGCGUGACCUCCUCCACGAACGGAGGCACCUUGUUGUUUGAAAAGCAAGACGUGUUUUACCAAACUUUUUGAAGUUAAACACUUGUAGUCAGUAUCACAAGAUCCAGAGAUCCUCCAACUAUAAAUGAAAGUUCAGCCUCCAUAGCAUGUCAUCGUACGUUGAUUGUUGCGGUCCUCGAAGAUCACUCGACAGCGGCACAAGCAAACCGCCAGACGCGUGUAAAUCUUCCUCGAACAGUUUUAUCCCGAUCGGUCAUCGUCAACAGUCAUAUAACGAUAACUCUGAAUCAACAGAACACAGGUCUGACCCAAUUUGGAACGAGGUAGCCAAGCGAUAUCAAGAGAUAAUUGAAAAAGAAUACAAAAUAUUGGGUCAGUACUAUGAUGAUCAACUGGUUACCCAGAGUAGCGCUGGUUCACCUAAGGUAUUAACACAAGUAAUUUUGAAUGGGCAUGACGGAUCACGUUUACAAGGAAAACCAAAGGACACGUCAUGCAAGCAAACAGAGACGCGUACAGAAACAGGAAAUGACACCACCGAUGUUAAUAACUGCAAUAGCAGAGUGCUAAAGAAGACAAUGGAUAACAAAAUUCUUCCUCAAAUUGUAGAUGUCUACAGUUUGAAUUCCGUCAAAACCAACAUGAAAACAACUGGAAUAGUCGGUUUACAAGAGUUCAGUCUAAAUGAGGGGGACCGUUAUAAGUUUCCGUUGAAUCACGGUGAAACCGCAAAAAGGGUUAUACAAGAUCGUAAUCUUUGUAGCCCCAGUUCUGUCAAGAAAUCUCCGCAGCCGGAUAAGAUAAUAGAUCUUACUAUCGACGAAGAAGGAGAAGAACAAAUUAGUGUCGACAAAGGAUCUAAUGAUAUGAAUGAAAAUAUCUCAAAAUCCAUUUUGGACGACCCAAGUAAGCAUGAUGAACUAAAGGAGAAAAUUGACACAGCUGAUAAUGAAGAAGAUAAUGCAGCUAAAACUGAACGUAGCCAAAAUAAGCACAAAGACAGAGGUAGGAAAAGAAAACGAAGGUGUCAAACAACAUAUCGUGAAAGCUUGAGCAAGUACGGUGCCGAGGGAUGUGACAGUGAAAGAACUCUGUGCAACAGUUGUAACAAUAGCAAGGUUGACAAUCGAAAUGAUGGAAGUGUACAAAAAUUAUGGGACAAGAGUAAUAACAGCAGUUCGAGUAAAGACGAAAUGAGCCAAAUUACAGAAGACAGGAAUCAAACCUUAAGUAGCAUCGGUGUUGUCAAUGACGCGAGUAGUGUGUUGGACUCGACGUAUCGUGCGAACAAGAUUACGACACUUAAAGCCAGACUAGCCAAGCAAGAAGAAGAGCUUGCUAGGCUUAGAACUCAGAAGGAAAGAUUACACGUCCAAUCAAACCAUAAAACCUUAGAUACACGUGGCAAGUGGUUCUCAAGCCUGGCAGAUUCAUGUGCAAAAACCGAUAUGGAACAAAAGCAAAAUUUUAAAACAGUGAGUGUAGAUGACAUAUGUCAACACGUGUUAAAAUCAUUUGAUAUUUUUAAUGCUCGCCGGUUCAGGAACAGAAAAAAGGAAAAGGCGGCGCCGCAGUCUCCUAACAAUACUUGCGUGGUUAAGCAAGAUGGCAAUGAUAUCUGCUUCCAAACUGAGCAAGAUGAAUUUCUGUCGCGAGUUGGUUUGAAAAGAAGGUGUAUAAAAAGAAAUUGAAAUUUAAUCAGUUCAGGGAAAGGACAUGGUACGGUGUUUCGCGCAGUUGCACAGGA